GCCAAAACCCCACCACUCCACAGCACAGUCACGCUAGCACAGUAAUAAUCCCAUUCGGGCAUUUCAUCAAGUAUCAAUGCCUCCAAAAUCCGAGCCCCAAAACCUCUCCUCCUCCGCCAUGGAAUCUUCCGACUCCUCCAUCGACCCAUUCUUCCACGUCCUCAAAAUCCUUCCCUACUCCUUCCUCCGCCCUCCUCGUCUACGUCUAAAGCUCCCAUCCUUCACUCUUCCAUCCGCCAUGACCGUCUACGCCUUGAUCCUCCUCACCUACUUCCUCGUCGUGUCAGGGCUCGUCUACGAUGUCAUCGUUGAACCUCCGGGCAUCGGAUCUACUCAGGAUCCUCGCACCGGAUCAGUUAGACCUGUUGUUUUCCUCCCGGGUCGGGUCAAUGGGCAGUAUAUUAUCGAAGGGCUCUCCUCCGGGUUCAUGUUUGUUCUUGGCGGAACUGGGAUUGUGCUUUUGGACUUGGCUCUGGACAAAAAUCGGGCUAAAAGCGUCAAGGUUUCGUUUGCUUCAGCUGGGGUUGCUUUUGUUGUGAUUGCUUAUGUUAUGAGUAUAUUGUUCAUUCGUAUUAAGAUCCCGGCUUAUCUCCGCUGAGCGCUGUUCAUCAGGAUGUUAAGGAUUUUGAGAAAAGCUCGAGUUUUUAACUUUAUUGUAUUUUUUUGGGGACCUUUUGAAUGGGAUUUAUCUUAUUGUAAUGAAUUAACUUAUUAUAUAUGAAGUUAUGGAGGAAUUUUAAUUGCAUCUUAAAGUUCUAAUGCUGGUGAUCGGUGUCCUUUUCUGGUCACUUUCUUUCUUAUAGUGUUUGGAUUGAGGGUUGUUAUGAGAUAUGAUGGAUUCUUGAACGGGUAUUGAUAAUGACUUAUUGUAUUUGAAUGUUUUGGAGGAAUUUGAAUUGCAGCUUUAAGUUGUAACGCUGGUUAUCAAUGUCA